GUUCUUCUGCUAUUCAAUUCACAACUAGAACAAAAACAUUUAACACAUCAUACCAAACAAUGAAGAUCACAAUAUUUCUUUCAUUGGUCCUUCUCUUUGCCUUGAACACAAAGCCGCUGCUAGGAACAAAAUAUACUUUACCUAAUAGAGCGAUUCGCGACACAUUGGGGAAGAAUGUCCUAGCCGGUACCAAAUACUACAUCGUUCCAGGUUCUCCCGAUGUUGGCGGUCUUGGCCUUGCCGGAAGAGGUAAGGCACAUUGCCCUCUUGAUGUUGUUGUAGCUGUGGAUGGCAACCGAGGACUGCCUGUGGUCUUCACACCUGCAAAUACUAAGAAAGGUGUUAUUCGUGCUGACAUGGAUGUCAACAUCUAUUUUGCUACUGAAACAAGCUGUCCCGGCCAGUCCAAUGUGUGGAAGCUUGGUGAUUUUAAUUCUACAACAGGGGAGUGGUUUGUGACUACUGGUGGUGUUAUGGGCGACCCGGGUAACUAUGACAACAUUUACAAUUGGUUCUCGAUCGAGACGUACCAGGGCGAGGAGGAUGUUUAUGAACUGACUUACUGUCCAAGUGUGUGCAGUGCUCAUAAUUGCGAACAUGAAUGCAGCAGCAUAGGAAUUUAUGAGGAUCAGUAUGGCAAGCGUCUUGGUUUCAAUGAUUUCGCAUAUAAAGUUCGGUUCCAGCCAGCCUAAACUCUCUACUUAUACAUAAAUCUUAGUAAUGAAUAAGUGUAUUGCAUUAAGUGUGUUUUCAAUACUAGGUUUCUCAAUCUAAUUACUUGUCAUCUUGUUCUCUGUGAUUUGUUGUCAGCAAAUGAAUCCUCUAGCAAUCUGGGAUUGGAUUCAAA